AUGGAGGCCGCAGGAGCAAUCGACGACAGGAGGCUCAAGCAGAGUUUCAUCCUCGCAACCCUCAUAUCCACCAUUGCCGGUACCUUCACCACCGGAGUCAACCUGUUCGACCGUGUUGGGGAGGCGAGAAGACAACGGAGGCAGCGCAAGAUGGACAGGGGCCAGAACCGCAAGAUCAAAGAGCUGGAACAGCGACUGGAUGACGCUGUGAAGGGCAAGACCGAGAUUGAGGAGCGCGAGAAGAAAAGUAGUAAGAGUCAAAGAGGAGGAGGAGAAAACGAAGAGGAUCUGAGAAACUCCCUCCAGCGAGGCGGUCCGUUGGUUCAAGGGCAGUAUGACCAGCUUUACUCAAGGGCGGGACCUCAGUUUGCUCAGGGUGACUUGCUUGCCCAAACCCAACUCCAAGGCCAAAUCAUCACCCUCCAAGGCACUGUCAUCAAAAUGCUCGAAGAAGCCCUCUACACCGGCGACCCCCCGGACAUCCGCAAGCUCUACAACGCCUCCGAGUUUGCUCGAGAAGGGAGCAUGCGCGCCCUCCGGGACCAAUACCAGCGUAUGCUUCAAUCCGCCCCUGUCGAUCGGGCUGCUCUUCCUGCUCCAGCACCCUCCCACCGUUCCGGCGGCCGCAGUCAAAGCCGCCGACCCAUCGCUCCCGUCCGUCGCAUCUCCUCCACCCCUUCUCUCCGCGAUUACUACGACACGACCGACUAUGACACCUCCUACCAUCCAACCACCACUCAUCGCACCCGCACCCGCGGCCCUGGCUCUGUCUCUCACCACUCCCACCGCUCACCCUCACCCUCCACCCGCUCUCGCGCCCGCUCAGUAGCCUCAAAAGGCUCCCACAUCCCAAAACAAUUAACCUACCACUCCUCAAUCUACUGCCAAUACGCCACCUAUCUUCAACAAUCCGGGCAAGCCCUCGAUUCUAGCCUAGCCUCUUCAGGAAUCUGCCCAGAUUGCCACGCCCACUUAUUCGACCCCGUGGAAGUCUCCCAGCGGGGGCCCUGGCGGGUUGACAAGGAGGUCGUUACACAUAAUGAACGCACAGGGAAAGAGGAGGUGGAGUACAGGAGUUAUCUGUUGACUACGCGGUUUUUCGUCAAAUGUCAUCGCGAGGGAGGCGGGUAUGCGUGUUAUUUGUGCUCGAAACAUCGGGAACGGGAUACGGUUUGUAAGCGGGAGGAGAGCCUGGUUGAUCAUGUGGGGGAGAAACAUUCGAUUGGGGAGUAUGAGGGGGAUGGGGAUAUUAGGGGCGUGACGAGGUGA